AGGAUGGAGAGGGGGGCCGCAGCCAAGCUGCUGUUGCUUGUGCUGCUGUGGGGCACCUGCUGCGGACAUGCACAAGCUGACCACCUGAGCGACUACACGUCGGUCAUCGAGGUGACCAAUGGGGGACCUUGGGGCGACUGGGCCUGGCCGGAGAUGUGUCCUGAUGGAUUCUUCGCCAGCGGGUUCUCACUCAAGGAAGAGCCCCCCCAAGGCAUUUCCAGAGAUGACACGGCUUUGAACGGGAUCCGACUGCACUGCUCACGGGGGAACGCAGAGCGCAACACGCAGGUGGUGGAGUCCCAGUCUGGAAGGUGGGGCUCAUGGAGUGAGCCCCUGUGGUGCCCUGGCGGUGGCUUUCUGGUGGCUUUCUCGCUGAGCGUGGAGGCGCGCCAGACCCUCGGGGACAACACGGCUGCCAACAACGUACGCUUCCGCUGCUCCGACAGCACGGAGCUGGAGAGGCCUGGCCUGGCCUGGGGUGACUUUGGGAAAUGGAGUAAGCCCUGCGCCAAAGGCGUGUGCGGUCUGCAGACCAAGGUGGAGCCACCGAUGGGCCUCCAGGAUGACACCGCCCUCAAUGACGUGCGCUUCUUCUGCUGCCGCAGUUAAGGAGGUCGCCCGCCCCCGCCAGUCCCACCGCGCUCGCUCGCUAUUACAGCUUCUCUGUCUCUGCUGUGGUCUCGCUUGUUUUAGGGGUAGGAAGCUGCGUCUCCUUGUCUUCCUCUUAGCCCGACAUUGGGUCAGGCCUUAAUUUGGGUUUGGGCUCAGGAGGCCAGGCAGGCCCCUGAAAGUCACGGACUCUUCACCCAGAAAAGUGCCCUUGAGGGCAGCCUAGGUGGCUCAGCACUUUGGCGCCUGCCUUUUGCCCAGGGUGUGAUCCUGGAGACACAGGAUUGAGUUCGCCUAGGGCUCCCUGCAUGGAGCCUACCUCUCCCUCUGCUUGUGUCUCUGCCUCUCUCGGUCUCUCAUUAAUAAAUAAAAAUCUU